AGCGGAAUGUGGUCCAGCUCUCCAGUGAAACGCGGAACGACCAUCUCCCCCAGCAUCAUUGGCAGAGCGCUCGGGUCAGGUUUUUAAAAAGCCUGCGCUUUCACUGACUGUCUCCUCUUCUUUUGCGUUUAAAUCCUACGAAAACAUCAUGGCAAACAACUCAACCCAAUUCAGGAGUGGACCCACUUUUGGGCUGUCUGCCGAUGUUAAAAAUAAGCUUGCCGGGAAGUACGACCCCGAGGUGGAGGAUGCACUGCGGCUGUGGAUCGGCGAGAUCACAGGAGAGACGCUUCCCGACAACUUCAUGGCUGGUCUGAAGGACGGCGUGCUCCUGUGCAAGUUGAUUAACGUCCUGCAUCCCGGCUCAGUGAAAAAGAUCAACACAGGCACUCAGAACUGGCACCAGCUGGAGAACAUUGGCCACUUCAUCCGCGCCAUCACAGACUACGGGCUGAAACCAGUGGACCUGUUUGAAUCCAAUGACCUCUUUGAGAAUACCAAUCAUACCCAAGUGCAGAGCACGCUGAUCGCUUUGGCUGGCAUGGCCAAGUCCAAAGGCUUCCAGACGAGGUAUGACAUCGGGGUGAAGUAUUCUGACAAACAGCAGCGACGCUUCACACCCGACCAGCUGAAGGAGGGACGGAACGUCAUUGGACUGCAGAUGGGCACCAACAAAUUUGCCAGCCAGAAAGGCAUGACGGCGUAUGGCACAAAGCGCCACUUGUUUGAUCCAAAGGCGGAGCUGGAGCACCCUGUGGACAAGGCCACCAUCAGCCUGCAGAUGGGCACCAACAAAGGAGCCAGCCAGGCUGGUAUGACGGCUCCAGGAACCUCCAGACAGGUCCUGGAAAAAAACCACGAGGCCCUGGAGCAAUGCGACACCUCCAUAGUGUCGUUGCAGAUGGGCAGCAACAAAGGGGCUUCGCAGGCUGGUAUGACGGCUCCAGGAACAGGCAGACAGGUCCUGGACAAAAACCACGAGGUCCUGGAGAACUGCGACACCUCCAUAGUGUCGUUGCAGAUGGGCAGCAACAAAGGGGCUUCGCAGGCUGGUAUGACAGCUCCAGGAAUGCCCAGACAGGUGAUGGAUAAGAACCUGGAGCUGGAGGGCUGUGACUCCUCCAUCGUGUCCCUGCAGAUGGGCUCCAACAAGGGAGCCUCGCAGGCGGGCAUGACCACCUACGGCCUCCAGCGCCAGGUCAUGGACAACAAGUACUGCGGCGAACCAGAGGACUACAUGAAGAACGGACAGGAGCCGGAGCCGGACAUGAGUGCUUAUCAAUAUUCUGACUAGAAAGAAAAAGAAAGAGAGAGCGAGAGAAAGAAGUCUUGCUGCAACCCACAAAUGCCCCCUUAAGUGCUUUUUUUUCCCAAAGCUCAGUGUAAACGAAGGUCAGAAGAACUUUUUUCUAUCACUUGCCUUCACGCGCCUCCCAAAAAGCCCAUGGUCACAUGCAGGAAACUGUUGUAUGUGGCCAUGAGGAUAGCAUUGUGCCCCAAAUUACUAUUGCUAAUGCAUCAGUGUUUUCCUGCAACACUUAUGCUAAUGAAGGAAAAAAUAUAUAAAUUAUAUGUACUGUACUGAGUUUUUAUCUUCUUAUGUAACAAAAUAAAAUUCACUUGCUUCUUUUAACAACACAUUUAGGAACUGAGUGAGGAGUUUCGUAAGCAUUCCCCACCUGUCAAUACUGGAAACAGGUUGAACUUUGUGUGCCUGUUAUGUCAGCCAUAUCAUGACAACUCAAUCCGUUUCCCAUCAGCAUUAAGAUUGAUUAUUUGAGGUAAGGCAUGUUGAUGAGACAGACAAGGAUAAACUCAUCUGACAUGCCACGCAAACAAAAUAUUCUCUUUCCAAGCAUAUGAUUCUAUCUCGGUUGACAAAUGGUAACAUCCUAAGGACUGAAAAAAGGGACUUUUUGUAUCUUUCUUGCCAUGAAUAGAGAAAGCACAUUGAUGUAUUGUGUCUGGACACUGUCACAUUCCAGAUGAAACACUCCCCAGAGGCCAACUGUAAAAUGAAAUGACCUCAUACCUGCCAUUUUAUACUGACCAGUUCAAAUAUUGGCCUUAUAUCGCCACCCAGUGUUCAGUUGUGGAACUGAAUAAUUCCUUUCAGCGAAAGUGUGUAAUGUACAUGGCAUCCCAAGAAAAUAUACUGAUUUUUAAAACUGCGUAAAGUAGGGAUUUAUUCAAAUUCCUCUGAAGUGUAACAGAAUUUACAUAUUUUUUACAUUCCAAGACAGUGGUGUGAUUCUCAUUGUCAGCAGGUGGUCAACAUGUGGUGACGGAUCAAUAAAAUAAUGUACGCUCUGUUACACUUUGAAAAUAACAUGAAUUGUACAAAUGACCUAUUCUACAAUGAUCAAGCGUGUUUUUUUGGGGACAUGUGAUACUUGAGACCAACGUUCUGAAGUGGUUUAAUUGUGUUGCUACAGAAACAGACAUUUCUUUCUCUGACGUUCAGAUAUCAGUGCUACCCAUGGAGACUUACUUUUUAUGCACUGAAAAAGUACAGCACCAAGAAUUUAACAAUUAAGUUACGUUAUGGCUUAUUCAAAAGCUACAGGAAUAACCAAACCACACACUGAAUGUUUUAUCUUUUUUUUCUAAAAAUGUUUUUAAAGAUACUCAGACUUCUUGUGAUACGUUUAUUUAAUAACCUUCUUUUCCACUCCCCACCUCCCCAAUAAAAAGGAGCCUGCCACACUUCA